AUGCAGGCCCCCCCGGAGGACGCCAACCCCCUCAACCGCGCCUACGAGGCCUGGGCCGCGCGGACGCCCGUCGUCUGUAGAGGACUGUGCGUCGGCCUCGCCGCGUGCUACGGCUUCUCGUGGAUUUUGGACCUCCAGCGCGGCCUCGAGACCGUGCCGUUUCGCAUUGUAAGACGGUUUGAACUGUGGCGCCUGAUCCUGUCGCCCUGCGUCGGCAAUUCGUUGCUAGGGACGGUCGUGGCCCUUUUUGUUUUGGGCGACGGCGUCGGCCCGCGCCUCGAGCAGAGCUGGGGAUCUAUGCGAAUGAUGAUAGCCACCCUUACAGCUUCCAUUGUCAUCAACCUCUCGUUCUGCGCGCUGUGCUACCUCUUUACGAUGAUGAUCGGCUCCGCGGAGCCGGCGCUCGCCGCGACGAGCGGCGGCUGGCCCUUAUUACUCUGCCUUAUUACCAUAGAGUGCCUCUCCUCGCCCGACGGCACGCGCCCGCUGCCCUGCAUUCCCAUCCAGGUGCCUAGAGAUAGGUACCCCGCGGCCCUUUUGUUAUUGUUGCUGAUCUUGGGCGCGCCGAAGCUCUCAUUAUCAUUGGGCUGCGCCUACGGCUACGGCUACGCGAAGGGCUACCUGGAGGUGCUCAAACCCAAGCCCGCGCUCGUGAGCCGCUGCGAGGCGGCCUCGGCUCUCGCCUGCGUGACUUCUGAUUCGACCUUCGUGAGCGCCGAGCGGAGCCUGGGGGCGUCGGCCUUUACGGUCUCGGGCGGCGACUGGGCGGACCCCGAAAAUCCGUCGGCGGUGCAGCGGGGCUUCGGGACGAUGCUCGCCGAGGCGCGGCAGGCCGCGUUUCCGCCCGAGCCACCUGGUGGACAGGGGCGCGUGCUGGGCGCCUCCGCGCCGGCGGCCGCGCCCCUCGUGCCGACGCCGACGCCACCUUCACCACAACGCACGGCCCGCGGAAACCGGGACGCGAUCCUCGCCGCCGCCGAGCGCCGGUCGCGGCAGCAGAACGCUGGCUCCUAA